AUGAGGCGAUCAGCAGCUCCAAGUCAAGUGCUAGGAAAUGUAGCCAAAAAGCCAAGGUUUAUACCACCGGGAAAAAGUAUCACGUUUUGUCUCAAGAACGAAACUAAGGAGAUGGACCAAGAAAUGAAAUUAAAGGAGAUAGAUGAGAAAGAGGGAAGUGCUUCAUUGCUUUCUAAAUUAUAUGGUGAGAAUCAAAAUGCAAAUUUUACACAGUCUGUGGAGUCAACUGGAAAAGUAAAGACUACAAAAACAUGUUUCAGCAUUAAUAAGUGUAGCAAGGUGGAAACAAAACCACUAAAUACGCCCAAAGCUGAUGCACUGUAUUUACCAACAUCAGGGACAGCACAGGAAGAAGCAGCUCAGGAAGAACCUGGCUGCCUUGCGAAAUAUUUCAGUGUUGUGUGGUGUAAGGCAUCAAAGAAAAAGCACAAGAAGUGGGAAGGCGAUGCUGUUCUUAUUACAAAAGGAAAGUCAGUAAUAUUGAAAGAUAUGGAAGGCAAAGACAUUGGAAGAGGUACUGGAUAUAAAUCUAAAGAACUGGACGGUCUUGAUGAAGGCCAAACACUGAUGGUGGGAGGAAAAGAAAUUGAAGUGAUGGGUGUGAUUUCAGCAGAUGACUUCAGCAGUGGCAGGUGUUUUCAGGCUGGAAUAGGGACUCAUGACACGGUCCCAACUGCUUUAUCUCAGACUAAUAUGAAACCAUUCUGUAAACCAUUCAAAAGCGUCUGUCAAUCUAAUACUAAAGAGAAUGUGCUUAAAGAGUCUCAAAGCUACAAACCUCGCCACGAUCCAAACGCUUCAAAUUCUCUAGUUAUGCCAAGACCAAAUGCAAGUCAUCAGUGGACGUUCAAUAAGGCAGGUUUACCUAUGGUGGAUGUCGUUGUGGAUCCUUACAUUGCAAAUAAUCUCCGACCGCAUCAGAAAGAAGGAAUUAUAUUUCUAUAUGAAUGUGUCAUGGGAAUGAGAGUUAGUGGCAGAUUUGGAGCUAUUCUUGCUGAUGAAAUGGGCUUAGGAAAAACAUUGCAAUGCAUUGCGCUUGUCUGGACUCUUCUGCGUCAAGGGGUCUAUGGAUGCAAACCUGUACUAAGGCGAGCACUAAUUGUUACCCCUGGGAGUCUGGUAAAAAACUGGAAAAAAGAAUUUCAGAAAUGGUUGGGAAGUGAAAGGAUCAAAGUCUUUACAGUUGAUCAGGAUCACAAAGUAGAAGAAUUCAUCGGUUCUCCACUUUAUUCAGUUUUGAUAAUCAGUUACGAGAUGCUAUUGCGAUCUUUGGAUCAAAUUCAGGCUAUAGAAUUUAACCUCCUCAUCUGUGAUGAAGGACAUCGUCUGAAAAAUAGCUCUAUUAAGACAACUUCAGCCCUCACUAGUCUGUCUUGUGAGAGAAGAAUUAUCCUUACUGGUACUCCAAUCCAAAAUGACUUGCAAGAAUUUUAUGCAUUAAUAGAGUUUGUGAAUCCAGGAAUACUUGGUUCUUUAUCCACAUAUAGAAAGAUAUAUGAGGAACCGAUUGUCAGAUCUAGAGAACCUUCAGCAACAGAGGAGGAAAAGGAAUUGGGAGAAAAAAGAGCAGCAGAACUCACACGCCUCACUGGGCUUUUUAUUCUUAGGAGAACACAGGAGGUUAUAAACAAAUUUCUGCCACCCAAAAAGGAGAGCAUAAUCUUCUGCCAACCAACAGCACUGCAACUUGAAUUGUAUCGAAAACUUCUUAGUUCUCGAGCUAUUAGGUCCUGCCUACAAGGCAGGCUAGAAAACAGCCCUCACCUAAUAUGUAUAGGAGCUUUGAAAAAACUUUGCAAUCAUCCAUGUCUUCUGUUUAGAGCUAUAAAGGAAAAAAGCUGUGAUCCUAUGUCCAGUGAACAUGAUGAGUCCAGUCUCUAUGAAGGUCUAACAGAUGUCUUUCCACAAGAUUAUACUUGGGAUACUUUUUCUGAAACAGAUUCAGGGAAAUUGCAGGUGCUGGUGAAGUUGUUGGCAGCAAUCCAUGAGCUCAACUCUUCUGAAAGAGUCGUCCUGGUAUCCAAUUACACUCAGACAUUAAACAUAUUGCAAGAGACAUGCAAACGUUAUGGAUACUCUUAUACUAGACUUGAUGGACAUACUCCUGUCUCCCAGAGACAACAGAUCGUUGAUGCUUUUAAUAGUAAAUUCAGUCCAGCUUCUGUCUUUCUGCUGAGUUCAAAGGCUGGUGGAGUAGGACUGAAUCUGGUUGGAGCAUCUCAUUUGAUCCUGUAUGACAUCGACUGGAAUCCAGCUACGGAUAUUCAGGCAAUGGCUAGAGUGUGGAGAGAUGGUCAGAAACACACUGUAUAUAUCUACAGACUGCUAACCACAGGUUCAAUAGAAGAAAAGAUUUAUCAAAGACAGAUCAGCAAACAAGACCUUUCUGGGGCAGUUGUAGACCUUUCCAAAACAUCUGAACACACCCAUUUUUCUGUUGAGGAGCUUAGAAAUCUCUUUACGUUUCAUGAAGAUUCCAGCUGUGUUACCCAUGACUUGCUCGAGUGCGACUGUAUGGGAAAGAAAGACCAUCAAAAUCCUUCCCCAGAAAAGCCUUCUGUGUCUAGAAAUUGCCAGCUUGGACAAAACCAUGGGAAGCCUAAUUCGAAGAAACCACUUUCCAUGUCACAGCUGAUGCAAUGGAAACAUUUCUCGGGGCAACAUCAGACUCUAGCUGAUCCUUUCCUUGAAAGGAUAAAAGAGAAUGUUUCUUUCGUUUUCCAGAACGUAACCAAUCCAACUUCCCCCACCUAA